AUGAAAGUCCUCGCAGCUAUUGCGCUGAGCGCAACAGCGUUCACAGGGGCUCUAGCUGCAGUGAUUACUCAAGAAGCAUUCUUAAACAACCCUCGCAUCCAUCAUGACCAGGACAAGUACUUGAUCGAAUUGGCGCCUUACCGAACACGAUGGGUGACUGAAGAGGAGAAAUGGGCAUUGAAAUUGGACGGCGUGAAUUUUAUCGAUAUCACAGAAGAGCACAAUACCGGAUUCUAUCCGACUCUCCACAGCGCCAGCUAUGUCAAAUACCCGCCGAAGAUGCAGUAUGCUGAAGAAGUGGUUGCGCUUAACAAGGAUCUAUCGAAAGAAAACAUAAAGGUCAAUCUGGAACGAUUCACAUCAUUUCAUACUCGCUAUUACAAAUCUCAGACGGGAAUUCAAUCAGCUACUUGGCUGUACGACCAAGUCCAUAGAGUUGUCUCCGAGUCGGGAGCCGUUGAGCAUGGUGCAACUGUUGAGCGAUUCUCUCAUCCAUGGGGUCAGUUCAGCAUUAUUGCCCGAAUCCCUGGCCGAACGAACAAAACUGUGGUGCUGGGCGCCCAUCAGGACAGCAUCAAUUUAUUUCUCCCGUCAAUCCUGGCUGCUCCCGGUGCUGAUGACGAUGGAAGUGGGACUGUCACCAUUCUCGAAGCGUUGCGCGGUCUGCUGCAGUCAGACGCCAUCGCCAAGGGCAAUGCGUCCAACACUGUCGAAUUCCACUGGUACUCUGCAGAAGAAGGCGGAAUGCUGGGCUCCCAGGCAAUCUUCUCCAGUUACAAGAGGGCUAGGCGGGAAGUCAAGGCCAUGCUCCAGCAAGACAUGACUGGCUACAUCCAGGGAGCUCUGAACGCGGGUGUCGAGGAAGCCGUAGGAAUUAUGGUCGAUUAUGUCGACCAGGGCCUCACGCAGUUUCUCAAGGACGUUGUUACGGCGUACUGUUCUAUGGGUUACCUGGAGACCAAGUGCGGAUAUGCUUGCUCCGAUCACACAUCGGCCAGUAAGUACGGUUAUCCCGCGGCUAUGGCGACUGAAGCGGAGAUGGAGAAUACCAAUAAGAAGAUACAUACUACCGACGACCAGAUCAAGUAUCUGAGCUUCGAUCAUAUGUUGGAGCAUGCGAAGUUGACUCUCGGCUUUGCUUUCGAAUUGGCAUUUGCGCCGUUCUAA